UAAUACUAGCUGUGAUGUUUGUUCCUGCUACGCAGGUAGCGCUAAAUUACUCAUACAACGUGCAAUUAAAAUUUAAAUAUGCCACAUUACAUGCAGGAUGUCCGAGUGAUCAGUAUGGGGACGUUACGAAGUGCAGUAAAUGCAACUGCUCAUCUACUCAGUAUUGCGACAAACGUGACGGCCACUGCUCGAGAUACGAUACAAUAGAUCUCACUUAUCUCAGACAAGCAGAACAUUCAACAGAGUGGCAAAGUGGCGACUACUUGUGGACAGACUUGACUAGCACCACAUCAUAUCCCUACACACAAAAUCAGCGACACGAAACUACAAACACUUUACAGACCGGUACAACGCAGCUUACCACACCUGAAGCAGGAAAGGGUCAAGACCUUCAAAUAGCGAUUAUAGCUGCAGCUAUAGCAGGAGGCAUUGCAGUUUUAUUUAUAUCAUUCGCAGCAACUUUCUGUGCGUGCCACAAAAGAAAGCACACGAACGUGACAACUAGCGAUGAAACAAGACAAAAAUGUUCAAAGCCAGACAACCCAGUGGUUGUUGAUCGAAGUAGCAAUACAAAUAGAGAAAGUGAGACCAAGCCAGUACCUCCACCUCGACCACCAGGACACGAAUACAUGACACUUAUUGCCAACGGUGAUGUCUCCUCUGAUUCUCACCACAACUACACGAGUUUAUUGGAGUCGACACGAAAUCUAGAGACCGCUACUAAUCCGGAACUCACGUCGUCUGACACAUAUCAAGAGAUUGAAGACGUCAUGGAAGAGAAGACACAAUUGGAAAACAACUUUUACUACAUAGAAAUGAGUGAAGGCGAUCACAACUACAUUGAACUAGAGAGUGGAAAAGUAGAGCACGGUUGCAUAGAGAGACUAGAUUCUCGUCUCUAGCUAGAACAAGAUAGAUGUACCUAAUAAUUGCUGUCAUUAACGAAACACAAUGCUUCCCAAAAGUUACCCUUUUUCUGGAUUUAGUACGUAGACCUUGCUGAAUUCUCUUGGCUGCUCCCGGUUUCGAGAAUUGA